GGUGAAGAUCCACCCCCUGGGGGGGCGGAGCUGAGCUCUCCGCAGAUCAGUGCCAAGGGAAGUGUCUGAACUGGAAGCAGGCUGCGAAUUUUGCCGCAUGUUCUUGCCCGUUCUUCUUGAAAUCCUGCCAGGAGGAUCGUCAUGUGGUUUACGAGUGAGCCUCAUGUUCUCCCUACUCUCUGCACCCGUGGGAUUUCCUCGACUUGUAGAGCUCCUCUGGAAGAGAAUUUGAAGAUGAGCCCUGUGUUUGGAUGAGGUAAAUGGAAGAUCAGGAGCCAGGUUCAUUCCAAACGCGCAAAGCACACAGGAUAGAACAAAUGGUUGCAAGAUGGCUCCGGCGAUCUCGGGAUAAUUCACCCCGGGGGAGAAUUUCAGUAGGCGAUGGCCCCCCCGGAGGCCUCUCUCAAGCUUUGACCUCCGUGAAGCUCACAGUUAAGAUAUACAAAGAUGUGCUUCUCAGCGACUUUGGAUUUCAUAUUUCACAGAGCCUUCCGCUCACUGUGACAUCGGUCAUUGCAGGAGGUACAGCUGAUGGGAAGCUUCUUCCAGGUGAUCAAAUCCUUAAGAUGAACAAUGCAUCCGUGGAAGACCUCUCCUGUGAACAAGCAGCCGAUAUUUUAAGGGAAUCUGAAGAAUCUCUCUUGAUCACUCUUCUUCGAUGCCCUUCGGGGGUUCCUAAAUCCUCUUUUCUAACAGAAGAGAAAAGAGCCAGGCUAAAGAUCAAUCCCGUUAAGGUGCAUUUUGCCGAAGAGGUGCUCGUGAAUGGACAUUCUCAGGGUAAUUCCCUUCUGUGUAUGCCCAAUGUUCUCAAGGUGUACUUGGAAAAUGGACAGACCAAAGCUUUCAAAUUUGAGAAGAACACUUCUGUGAAGGACAUCAUCCUCACUUUAAAAGAGAAGCUUUCCAUCCACAGCAUUGAAUAUUUUGCCCUUGUCCUGGAGGAGCAGUAUAAUAUCUCCAAGUUACACCUUCUCCAUGAAGAUGAACUGAUUGAGCAGGUGGUACAAAAGAAAGAGUCCUAUGACUAUCGGUGCCUCUUCAGAGUGUGUUUUGUCCCCAAGGAUCCACUGGAUCUCCUGCAAGACGAUCCGGUCGCCUUUGAGUACCUUUAUCUGCAGAGCUGCAGUGAUGUCCUUCAAGAAAGAUUUGCCGUUGAAAUGAAAUGCAGUUCCGCUCUGCGUCUAGCGGCGUUGCACAUUCAAGAGCGGAUUUAUGCCUGUGCCCAGCCACAGAAGAUAUCUUUAAAAUACAUAGAAAAGGACUGGGGAAUAGAAAACUUUAUCUCUCCAACUUUACUCCGAAAUAUGAGAGGCAAAGACAUCAAAAAAGCUAUUAGCUUCCAUAUGAAGAGGAACCAAAGCUUGCUGGAGCCAAGACAGAAGCAACUUAUAUCUGCUGCACAACUGCGUUUAAAUUAUCUACAAAUCCUUGGAGAACUCAAAACAUACGGUGGGAAGAUCUUUAAUGCCACUUUAAUGUUACAGGACAGAGAAUCAUACAUUGCCCUUCUGGUUGGAGCCAAGUAUGGGAUCAGCCAGAUUAUUAACAGUAAACUCAACAUUAUGUCAACAUUGGCCGAAUUUGCGAAUAUCAGCAAAAUAGACCUGACGGAAGAGUCUGAAAAAGUGAGCAUGGUGAAAGUUUACCUUCAGGAUGUCAAGCUCCUGACUCUGCUGCUGGAAUCCAACAGUGCAAAAGACCUCGCCUGCCUUAUCGCUGGUUACUACAGGUUGUUUGUACACUCAGCUGCCUCCAUAUUCAUCUGGCCUGGGAAAAAGCAACAGACCCAUCGCAUUUCUGCUGAAGAAGGUUAUGAAUCGAGAACCUGUAGUGACUCGGAAGAAUCAUCUGAAGUGGAUUCCUCACUAGAGAUCCUUUCGGAUGGCCACCUGGCAAAGUUCGGCCGCGUAAAAUCUCCCAGCAAAGAAGACAAAGGGUGUGAGGUGCUCAGGGGGCAGAGUGAAGACAGUUCCCAGUCGAAGGAGGAGAAGAGGGGCCUGAACAGUGAGACUAGCGCUGUGACUGACAGUGCGUCUGAGGCCUCUGACUCCGCAAACACGGAGAGCAGAGGGUGUAAGACCAGCGGUUCCAGUGAUUCGAUGGACGCUCUGGAAGAAGAUGACUUAGACGCCUGCUCCUCCAGCAGACCCGAGUUUUUCCGUUUCUACACGCCCACCUUUAAAGAAAGGCUCGAUCAAGACAGUCGCCUCCUUACCGCAGACGGUGGAGAAGAGAAGGAUAGAGUAGAGGCCGACGGUUUCCUUUGCCUCCUCGAGUUAGCCCAAGGAGCUAAUUCUGGGGCUCCGAAGACCGCACCUACCAGGUCUCCAAGCGAUCCAAAACACAGUUCGGAGAGAGAGCCGAAUGUGCUAACGCUAGACCCCAGAUUUUACGAUAACAGCAGGAUGGAGUACUACAGUCUGUGUUCCAGCGUCUCCCCCCCGAGCCUUCUGAGCCACAGUUCCGAGAGCAACUCUUCCAGGAACGUGUCUCCUAAAUCCGUUCAGGAGGAGACUGUGCGGAGGACAGAUCCAGGCCCAGUGGUGGACUCCCCUCUUUUAAAUCUGCCUGUUGGCUUUGAGGACACCAGCUCAGAUGAUGAAUUCUACGAUGCAGCCGACAAGCUUACGCCUCCUAAUGCCCUCUCAGAUCCUUACACUGUCUCUACUAAGGACCAGGAUGAUUUCUGCUUGAAGAAUAAGGCAAGAAGUCAUAAUGUAGGGGGAAGCCUGACUCCGAGACCAAAUAAAACGGAGUCUGACAGAAGAGAGGAGGUGAAGAAGUAUGCAAAAACCCUAAGAAAAAGAAGGUCAUUCUUACAAACCGACUACACAUCUCAGGUUACGUUUCCCUUGGCUCCAUCCUUCUCCCUGGAGAGCGUGGAUCACGUGUGUUGUUACGAAAGGGAGCCUUACCUGAGCUUCGUCUCUCACUCACCAACUGUUUCGUCUUUACAAGACACGCAGGCAGAGCCUGCUCUUCUGGAAACCAAGGCCCUUGCGUUUCUGACUCCGCUGAGAGAGGUCAAAAGUAAAACUCCUUCCUCCAGCUUAAUGGAAAUGGAGCCCGAAACCAUGGAAACCAAAUCAGUCACCGAUUCCAUCAUAUCUCCUAUUUCGGCCGUUCGCCUCAAGGUGGAUCCAGAAAGACGGGACGGUGCCGGCGUCCCCCCUGUGACGACCAACGGUGCUCGAAAUCACAUCCAUCCCCCUCUCUCGUCCCGUGCGUUCGGCCGGGACGCCCACCCGAGUCCUUCUGAGGCGUCCUUUCGGGUGCAGAGCGGCAAAGCCGGAGUUACCCAAGGACCGGCAGGAGGGACUCAGGACCGCUCGCCUAAUCUCCUUUUGAAAACCAGAGAGAGCUGGGUUUCGAGCGCAGGUAGGGUGGUGGUGACCCCAGGAGAUACGGUGGUGCUGACUACAGGUGACCGCCUUGAAAGUGGAUUCGGUCACGGAUCUGAAAUGCAGAGACAGGAAGCUGUCAGGAAAUACAUGGAGCCCGUGUCGUCCCCAGGGGGCCAGUCCGGGAGCGGAGGCCCGCCAGGUGUCACCCGUUCGGCAGAAGAGACGGCCUCUUCCGCCAAAGCAGUGGGCCCGAAGAAGCGCGUGCCACCUUCCUUUGUACGGGAAGACGUAGCACUCCCCACAGGUGUCACGAAGCCGAACGGCAAUGUUCUAUUUAAGGAAAUGGCCGGGAGUGACUCCUCCCAGAAUGAAGAGGAUAAGAAACGCUUGGGUUCGUCUAAGGUCACGGAGCUGCUUUUUGAUAGGAACGAUCCACCGUGGCCGGCGUUGGGCCCGAAGCCCGAGCGCGCCUCACCUCCUCAACAGACUGACCCCCAGGAAGAAGGCAGACAAGAAGCCCCCCGGAUUGCCAGCCCCCAAGUCAUUCAGGCCCCAGGGAAGGGGCCACUGACAGAGGGGCGCUUGGCCUCCGACCUCCUCAUUGGGGUGCAGGGCUUGCCAUCAGCUUUGCCGAUGCCCUUCCGGGAAGGGAGCUCUGUGGCAGAGCGGCCGUUCGACAGCGAGGGCAAGAGCCGGGGGGACCUUCGGAAAGCCGUUCCUCGGGUAGGCCCGAACCCUGGGCAGGCCCAGCCGAACCCCCCUCUGUGUAUCAUAGAAGAAACUUCCAGGCAGAUGAAAGGGCACGCCCUAAAGGAAUGGCACUGUUCGGAUUACUUUUCAACGGGAUGUGGCAAUACCUCAGAAACCAGAGAGGAGAACCUUACUCUCAUGUCACCUUCUUCAGACCAGUCACUCCUCGGUUCGGGCCCGGAAAACAGUCCUGGUGUUCCUGUGAAUCACAGGGCAGGGAGCUCUCUGGAUUUCUCAGAUAUGAAGGAAGCUAUCUUGCCGACAAUGGAGGUCGAAAAGUGUAGCUGUCAGUUAUCCUACGCCACCUGUUUCCGCAGCCCUGACGCCGAAGCGGAUGAUGAGAACGCUGAUUUGGGAGCGGGCGGCUCUCCGGCACCACUGACGACACCCCCGUCUUCAGGAAACCCCAUUCCUGUGGACCUGAAAUCCUCUGAGCUCACGAGGGUGCGAAACCCCAAACCCCACCUGAGCGAAAACUGCCCCUGGCCAGACUAUUACUCCAGGGCCCUGCAUCAGUUGAAAGUCAGACUCUGCAAGUACCCGGUUGGCUUCUGCCAGCUCUUAGAUAACACCGUCGAGCUACAGCGCCUGUUAGAGCAAUUUCGGGCGCCUGGGAAUAAACACUCCCAAGACGAGUGCGCGUGGCACUCUUCGGAAAACAGAAAUAACCUCUGUGUCGCGGCCCAGAAACUCAUGUCCAGCUGCCAGCACGUGAUUAAGAUCGACCAGUCCCCGGAAGAAACGCGACGCGCUUUACAGGACACCUUCCGGAACCUCCUCCAGCUGACGGGGGUGUACUUCCAGUUUACGGACUGUGGAAACUGUGCGGAGAGGCACGGGGACGUGACCGGGCACCUGAAGGAGGUCAUCUGCACCUACUCUCAGUUCGUGCAGGCUGCAAAACUGACAUGCGAGAGAGGCUAUCGGGAUCUGAGCGCGAAACUCUUAGCCCGCCAGUGCACGGCACUCACGGCCGCCGUGUUCUGCUUGACCCAGCGGUUUCAGGGGUCCGCAGCUCUGUGAAGCCCCUUCGGCAGUUCCAGUGAAGCUUUCCUGUCCUCUGAAACGGACGUUUCCCUGAGAAGAGCGUCCCCCGCCCUCCC